CAGCCGGAGUUGAGGAUGCUGAAGGAGUUGGAAUCUGAGAGAGCAGCUAAGAAGAAAGCUGAGAAGGAACUUCGGAAAGUUCAGGAAACGUUGGAAGAGGAGCGAGGAAAGCAAAAACAAAUAAUCUUAAUGUUAGUCGAAGAGCGCAAAAGGUUGGCACUCCAGUAUGUUGAGGAGAGAAAGAGAUCUGAAGACUUAGCUCAGAUUUUGUCAGAAGAGAAGGGCAGAAUUGAUUCAAUGGCGGAGGGCUUGGAGGAAGAAAGUAAAAAGUCGCUUCAAAUGGAGGCAGAACUAGAGAAGCAGCUAGCAGACUUUGACACUGAGCGGCAACAGAUGAGGGGCCAGCUUACAAAAAAAGAGGAGAGGAUCAGUGAAUUAGAGGCAAUGCUUGAAAAGUUACAACAUGAAGUAGACCAUUAUAAGAAGCAGUUGCAAGAAGCACACAAUGUUGCCAUGUUUCAGCAAACUCUCUCUGUUUCGCCUCCUCGGAUUGGCAUUGCCACCCGCCCUUCUCCCCCUCAGCUUCCAGCUAAACCAGCUACCCUCACUCAGACUCAGCCAAGAAUGCCAGGUCUCACUCCACCUAAAGUAGCGCCACGUGUUAGAGCGGCAUCACCAGGAGGGGCUAACCCUACCCACAUGGUACCCCCUGGUGUGGCAGCGAUGAGUAGCGUUACUAAGGCAGUGCAACUUACUGCGACAGUUAACUCUGUUCCUGUGGCUGGCCCAACUACUGGCAUUGCUCGUGGAGUCCAGCCUGGAGUUGGUGUCCGACCAGUUAUGUAUAGUGUAUCUACGUCAGAAGUUACUCGAACUGUUACUACUGCGGCUAAAAGUUAUAGCGUAAGUGAAAGUGAGGGUGGAUGGACAGGCAGUGGUGAAGGUGAGGGGACCACCAAUGCACAAAGUGGAGUAGCAGGCACUGUGGAGCGUGGAUUGGUACGGGUUACUGGGCCUGGAGAAGUUCGAGGCCAAGCUCAAGUGGUGCAAGUGACCCCACGGGUCAAUGUUUCUGCAUCACCUGGCACGAAGGUCAUCACCACAACCCAUGGGGGAAAGGUGACCUUCCAUGUCACCACAAAUGCUCCCACCUCAACAGCCACAUCUGCUUCAUCAGCAUCCAAUGGUCAGCAACAACAGCAGGUCCCUCCACAAGCAAUGACGGUGACCAAGAAGCCACCCCCCCCAGCCAGAUCUACUCAGCCUGGGGGACCACCACCACCUGUACCCUCAAACAAACCAUUGGCAGCACCCCCUAUACCCCCAAACAAACCAGCAGUUCCCCCAAAGAAAGACUUGGUGACACGUGUAGGGGCUGGGGGCCAAGGUGUGUCAGUAGAACCUGGAACACCAAUCAGUGUAGAGGUUAAACCACAAAAGGUUGGGCCUCAGACAGUCAAAUUUGGCAUCACAAUAUCAAAGACACCAGCCAGUGGGAGCCAGACAGUAGGCUCUGGUGGUGGUAAUAGUCAAGCAGUGGUUGGUGUGGGGCCAGGGGGAUCAGGGGGGGGCUCUGAGGCUCCCGUUGCCCCAGCAGUGGAAGGGGGAGCAGUGUCCCCAAGGAGAGACGCGGCGCAGGUUGGUGGAGGAGGUCCCCCGGUGCAUGCCACUGCCUGUGUGGACUCCCUCUCUCCUGAACUAGAGCACUUCCACCAGUUACUCAUUAGCAUGGCAGGCUCCUCAAACAUAGCAGUACCAACCUCCCCAAACCUAGCUCCCAGCCUCUCCAGUGUCCCUGAUAUACAUAAUGUUUCUUCAUCUCCAUCCCCUGUCUCUCCUUCAUCCUCCAGUAUCUCUUCCCCAGUCCGCCCUCUCUCACCACUCCUCCCACCUCUCUCUCCUCCCCCUCCUCAGACUGCAAAACUAAGUGCAGAUGAUGGAGGCCUCGCUUCACUUCCAUUGUGUACAGUAGCAUCAUCACCACAAGCUUUCAGCUUUCUAACAAGCCCUUCUUCUCAAGCAGCAGUAACAGCUUCUUCACCAUCCUCCUCCAACUCCUCUGUUUCACCACCUCCAUUACCCUCAUCAUCCCCCCCACCAUUAUUCUCGUCAUCUUCACUCAACCCUACUUUGGGCUCCAUGUGUAUUUUGACAAACUCUUCCCCUGUGGUCAGUUUAGCUUCAAGUUUGUCCUCUACAUUAACCCCACCUGCUUCAGUAAAGAAUAAUUAUUGUUCCUCUAUACCUGGUGUGCCACCUCCCUUACCUCUCACUGAUCCUCCUGUUCUCCUGGCCCCUAUGGAUGGCGAGGAACUGGAACCCCCCCAUUCCCCUCUCGAUGUAUCAACGCCUCUCACUAUGGAUGGGAUGACUGCCUUGCAUCUUGCGGCACAUGGAAACAACUGGCAGUCAGUGCCGGUGCUUGUGAGAUGCGGUGCCAGUGUGAGUGCCGAAGAUGAUGAUGGUCGCACGCCCACCUACCUGGCUCUGCUGUAUGCCUGCACCCCAGCUGCAGCUGAACUGCUUAGCUUUCCCCAGUCUUUAGAGCACACAACAAAGGAUGGUUGCAAUUACUUGCAUGCUGCCAUAAAAUCGGGUGAAGUUGAAUGUGUGGAACUUCUGGUGCAGCACAUUCUGGCUGCAGAGGCAGGGCCUAAUCUUUUACAUAGACUAGCAACAGGACCAGACCAUCGUGGCAAUACACCACUAGCCCUAGCCUUGUCGGCCACCAACUCUGAGAUGUUAUCAGCCCUCAGUCAAGCAGGACUAGAUCUGGCUCCCUUGAUCAAUCAUAAUCCCAGACUUGUCAACCUGGCAUCGUCAGCUGCACUCGCCCUUAUCUCAAGUUCUGGGAGAAUAUGGCCUUGUUAGUGGACCAUAUGACCUGUUGGUGAACAACAGUGCUCAGGACAUCUGUAUACAUUUGCAUACAUUAGAGGCUACUGCUUACUCCCUCCUUGUACCUGUUCCCAUUUUAAAGAACUACCUUCGCCUGAUUGAACAGUCUCAGUGUGUGGUGGUUUAUGGUCCAAAGGAUAGUGGCAAGCGUUCCCUUGUAAGAUGUCUAGCUCAGCUGAAGGGCGGCAGCAGUGUAGGCAUCACACAUAUUGAUAUGGGUGGAGGCAUAUCUAAUGGGGAGUCUGUAAGAGGCAUUUUAGAAAGUGGAGGGGGAUUAGUUGUCAUAGAGCGUGUAUCAAGAGAGGCAUGGCCAGGUGUAUGGGGUACUGUAUGUGGAAGUAAUAACGGAACUGUUCUAGUUACCAUGGAUGCAUGGAGAAGGCCAGGAGGUGGGCAACUAGAGGGAGGGGUAUUGUGGGUACAGUUGCGUCAUGAUCGAGAACCCAUGGUGGCAAUGAUCUCUCGUGCUAUGACACGUCACAUGGCCUCUCUACAUGCAGGAGUCCUGCCAUCUCCUAAUUCCCAAACUCAAAAGGCUAUAGACUGGGUGGCAGGGGCAUGGGGACGGCUUGCUGCAACUCUUAUGGCUCUAGGAUUUUCAUCAGCUCUUCAUGGACCUCACCUCUUCAUACAAACCCUCCUUGGUGCCAAUAAUCCAAGAGAUAUACUGAGGGGAGUGGAACACCUGUGGAAUAAUGUGAUAAGUGCAGAAAUUCGAACUGAAGUUAUUAGUGUAUGGAGGAAGUCCAGUGUUGGAGGGGAGGUGGAUGAGGCAAGGGUAACAAGCAUGGCAUUAUAUGUUGUCAUCCAACGUAGUCUUGCUCCUGGCCUGCCUCUUCCCACAACAGAGGCACACAGCUUCUUGGCAGCUCUUGAUGGUGGUCUUGGCAGGUCAGCCUUUCGAGGAAUAAAACCUCCUCUUCCACCUCCUAGACCAAAAGACUUACCCUUGGAUGUGGUAGCUGGUGGCUCCUGUAGCCCAUCAUUUGAGAAAACUGACAACUCACACCACAUGGCACAUCCUAGCAGCAAGUCUAAGACUCAGCCUGUGUUACCUGAACAUUCUUCCAAAUCAUCAGAAGACCAUGUGAUUCAAGCAGCAAGAAAUCUCAGCCACAAGCUCUUCCACUUCAUCAUCAGCACAUGUUCAGGUCACAAAGAAGACAUGGAAUUCCAACACUGAAUCCUUUAUAUUAAAACACAUACUAAAAAGAAGAGUAUUUACCAGCUGGGAAUAUAUUGUGUUGAGACUAUUUGUGUUGAGAUUAUUUUUCACUGAGAGCUAUUGCUAGUAUAAUAGCCUCUGCACAUGAAAACCCUUCAUCAAGCUUGUGUUCUUGGAUUCAAAAACCUUUCAUUGCAACCUGUGAGUUUUAGCAAAUAUUGUCCACCUCCUUUGUACAGUGACCAUAUAGAAAAAGAGAAAUAAAUAUAAGGAAGAAA